AGAGCUGAAAGAAAUCGAGGUCCCUGCAAGGAUUAUUUGAUUAGUGCACCUCCGCCGUGUGGCUAGCAAUAACCUUAAAAGACCGCGAUGUACCGAAGCAUUGUGCACUAUGUGGAUAUGUACAUGCAAGCAUCCCUAUGUACUGCAGUACCUACCCAUUGGCGCUAGCAACUCCCCACAAGAAAUUCAAUCCAUAUUCUUUAUCGAUAAGAGCUCGGCACAACUUUUUCUUUAAUCGCUUCCUCCAAGGUUUGCGGCGACCUAGCCUCGAAACUUUCAACAACUACGGCGGACGCUUUACCGUCGCGACAUGUUCAAUCGCAACCUAUCGAACCCGUCACAUCAUGAAGAGGAAGGCGAUUGAUGAGGCAGAGAGCCUCGGCGCUCCCGCGUCUCAAAAAAAUCGAAUUGAAGGUGCCAAGGAUGUUUCUGAUGUUUAUUCCAGUAAUGAUGAUGCCGCCGAUGAUGAUUACAACGUCGCUGAAGAGAAUAUUUCUGACAACGAGUCUCUCUACACUGGAACUACAUCUAUUGUUCCAACCAACGAUACUCCGUUAACACCCGUCUCCCCGGCGCGCAAAGCCCCCUCCGAAUUCAAGACAAUCAAAUGCACAUACCCGGAUUGUACCAAGACCUUCAACCGUCCCGUCCGUCUCGCCGCCCAUUUGCGAUCUCACAACAGCGAGCGACCUUACAAAUGUAACUUUCCUGGUUGCGAUAAGGACUAUUUUGAAGAAAAGCAUUUGAAGCAGCACAUUAAAGGUUCUCACACCAACGAACGAGAAUACGCCUGCACUGAACCUGGCUGCGGCAAGAGCUUCUUAACAUCCACUCGACUCCGACGACACCAAGCCGUCCACGAAGGCAAAGAGCGAUUCAAGUGCCGAGGAUACCCGCCCUGCGAGCAAUCCUUCCGCAAGCAUCAGACUCUACAACGCCACAUUCGCGCCGAGCAUCUCAAAAUAUCGGCCUUCCCCUGCGACUUUAAAGAUAACGAGACCGGAGAAAUUUGCAAGGAAGGAUUUGACAGCGGUGGAGCUCUGAGACGCCACAAGGAACGAGAUCACGGCGAAAUUCGCUUCUUUUGCGACGAGUGCAGCGAGCAGCAGGGUAACGACGAUGGAUCCGAGCAGAACCGAGCAGGUUUUACUACAAUAGCUCUCCUACACGCUCACAUAAAGCAAUGCCAUGCUAGCUGCAUGUUCUGCGGUUUUAAGUGCAACGGCCGAUCGGAACUUGAGCAGCAUAUCGAGUCAGAGCACACGAGAACUAAGAGUCUGGAGGAGCGAAAGACGGUUGCUUGCACCUGGCCGGACUGUACGAAGACGUUCACUAAGAAGUCGAACCUGAACGCACAUAUCCGCAGCUUCCACGAAGGCGUGCGCUUUGUCUGUGGUUCCGUCGAUGUUAGUGGUGUAGCUGAGUUGGCGUCUUGGUCGAUGCAAGAGGGCUGUGGCGAGAGUUUCGCAAGCAAGGCUGGCUUGGAGAACCACGUUCGUUAUGUUCACUUGAAGCACGAACGUCCAGAGCCUCCCCAGGGACCACCGAAGCCUAAGCCGCAACCGCCGACCGACCCCCUACAGGAGCUUACAGGUGUCAAAGGUAAGACCAGAAAGACACUUCGCUGUACAGUUAAGGGCUGCACUGCUAAGUUCGUCCAUAAUGGCGAGCUUGAGGCUCACUUGGAUAGCGAACACAUCCGCCAGAAUCGAUUCGAACAGGCAAUAAUGGAGCGUGACCCGAUGACACAGGAUGAGUUCGAGGCGUUGGACCAGACGAUGACGAUGCAUUGGGGUGGCGAGGGAAAUGGCAAGUUCUGGGUUGGCGCUGAUGAUGCUAAUGAGGGCGCUUUGGAACAAGGAGGACUCGAUGAUGAGUGGAUUCACGAUGAAGCUGAGAUGAGUCGACUCAUUGAUCAGCCUAGCCAGUUGGAGGGCUUGAUUGAUCCGGCGUUGGAUGGUAUGAACGCAUGAUUGGACGAACGGUUUAGAUAAAAACUACAAUGAUACCCUUUGCUUUAAAUAAGAAAUCUGACUGGUAUGGCCUUGAUUCAGACCCGACUAUGA